AUGGCUGUCACGAACGGUGCUUAUUUCGACUUCAUCAUCGUCGGAGGCGGUACAGCCGGCAACAUAGUCGCCGCCCGCCUCGCCGAGAACCCAAAUGCCCGAAUCCUUGUCGUCGAGGCAGUUAUUGGAACCUCCAAAGAUAACGAAGAGAUCCGCACCCCAGGACUCGCCAUGGACAUUCGAGGCAGCAAAUACGACUGGGCCUACAAAACAACAAUGAUCAAACGCGACGAACAUGAACGUAUCGAGAAGCCUAAUACUCGCGGCAAGGCCCUUGGCGGUAGUUCGUCACUCAACUAUUUCUCCUGGGUGCCUGGCUCCAAGGGAACAUUUGACAUGUGGGAGGAGUACGGUGGAAAGGAAUGGACUUGGGAACCGCUUAUUCCUUAUCUGAGAAAGAGUGUGACUUACCAUGAUGACGCUGGGUUAUAUCCCCCAGAACUCAAGAAGAUUGGCGCAGGAGGACCGAUUCCUAUUGCUCAUGCAGAGCUCAUGCCUGAGAUGAAACCAUUCCGAGAUCUUCUUACCAAGGCUUGGAAAUCUACUGGAGAGCCUGUAUCUGAGAAUAUCUUUGACGGGACAAUGCGUGCCUCUGGAGAAGAGCUUGACCUUUAUGCUACGCGUGAGGUCAUCGUAUCUCAGGGCGUGUUUGAGUUCCCAAAGCUCCUUAUGCUCAGCGGCAUCGGGCCAAAGGCCGAGUUAGCCAAGCACAACAUACCCUUGCUCGUCGACUCGCCUCAUGUCGGCCAGCAUCUUUUAGAUCAUCCAGGUGUCCCUUUCGUCCUCAAGGUCAAGGACAGCUACUCUAUGGACAGCCAUGUCCUCCGCAAGGGGGCUCUCCAAGACAAGGUCAUGUCAGCUUAUGCCAACGGCCAUGCAGGACCGAUGGGAUCACCUUUUCUCGAGAUGAUUGGAUUCCCUAGAAUCGAUUCAUACCUCGAAAAGUCUCCCGAAUACCGUGCCGCAAAGGCUGCUAAUGAUGGUCUGGAUCCUUUCUGUCCUUAUGGCCAGCCUCUCUUCGAGCUUGAUUUUAUUCCUCUCUUUGGCAGUGCUUUCCAAUGGCACUUCCCUCAUCCUAACAAGGGUAGUUACAUGACAGUUAUGGUCGAUCUCGUCCGUCCAGUCUCAGAGGGCGGUGAAGUCACUCUCAACAGUGCUGAUCCCUUGCAACAAGCUAAUAUCAACCUGAACUACUUCAACAACGACCUCGACAUCAUCGCCAUGCGCGAAGGAAUCAGGUUCUCUUACGAUGUGCUCAAGAACGGGGAGGGGUUCGAGGACGUAGUUGAGGACGAAUACCCUUGGGACAUGCCACUUCACGAUGACGAGGCUAUGAAGAGAACAGUUCUGGAUCGGUCACAGACUUCAUUCCAUCCUUGUGGAACUGCUCGUCUCGCUAAGAGCAUUGAACAGGGCGUGGUGAGCCCGAGUCUGCAGGUGUAUGGGAUUAAGAAUCUUCGUGUUAUUGAUGCUUCUGUCAUUCCUGUUAUUCCGGAUUGUCGUAUUCAAAACUCGGUCUAUAUGGUGGCUGAAAAGGGCGCUGAUGCGAUCAAGCAAGAUCACACGGAUCUGUACCAUUGA